CAAACCCCGACCUCUAGUGUACUUGAAGUUGUAUGUAAAUAGGUACCUGCGGUUCAGGCUGCACCUGUCCAUUGCCAACUAAGUUUUAUCAGAAGCCAGCAACCAUGCAGUCUCGAACUGACCACAGGUUCGAUCCCUUCGGGCCUGAGGCCCUGGCCCUUGAAGACAGCGAUCCUCUCGCUGGCGGGGUCGAUGACAUCGACUUGAGCGACCCUUUGGCCUUCUUCAAGCAUCUCAACGCCGGUGAGCCAGGCGGCUUGCCCAUGCCUGCCCUGAUGGAACCCACCCAGGUCCGCCAGCUAUGCAAGGAGCGAUCCAGCGCCAUCUUCGCCAACCAUGGCCGUCUUAGGCGGAUCCUCGACCGCCACGAGCUGACCAUCCAGAAGCGCUGGGCCAAGAAGACGAAGCGCCAGCGGCUCCAGAUGCUGCUAGACGGCUGGCCAAACAUGGCUCCGACACACCGCCCCGACUUUGCCGCCUUUCGCAGGGAGUCGAUGGCGCAGCGUGAAUCGGGCACGAAGUUCAGGGCCCAUUUCGUGUGGCCCUACAUCAACCAGGAAGACUUGCUCAAGCCCAAGAGCCUCCCCCUGAUGCUUAAAUCCAGGGGCAGGCAUCCACCUUGCGACUUCGCCGCGGCCGACGGCGACGCCAUGUACCUGGGCCGCACCACCAAGGCGCUCGUGCCCAUCUUUUUGAAUUGCUACGUUGUCACGUUGAACGGCAUGACCCGCCCUGAAGAGUACGGCAGACUUGUGGCUUGGGACGAUCACCCGGAUGCUUUCGACUGGAUGCACACGCGGAAGCAGUUUAUGCCCGGCGAGGCACUCGACAUCUUGGAGGCCCAGGACCGCCUCACCAAGUUUCUCGUGCAUUGCUGCGAGCAGCUGCUGCACGACAUGCCCGUGGCCGAGCUGCUCGGAGAUAAGUACCCGGUUCAACCCGAGCCAGCCUUGACGUCGGCGGUGGAACCCGGGAGUGGCUUCGGCUCGCUGGCCGUCAUGGCCGAAGAGGCGCCGUACCGACCACCGGGCCAUCUGGAUCUCGACCGCAUCGAGUCGUUGCUUGCAGCGCGUACCGCGGCAUCUGAGGAUCAUCUUUGGGCCCUCCGGGAGGACCCCAGCUACCUCUCUGACGAGUUGCUGACCUACAAGGAGCACCGCCAGGAGAUGCUUAAGGACACCAACGGCAAACCUCAUCCGGUUCUGCAGGGGCUCAAGAUGGAAGUGUUUUGGGAACGUGUCAUCGGCAACGUCAUGCUCGCCGCACAUGUCCAGCUCGAGAUCUUUUCCGAACUGGCGCGCCAAGCAGAGGAACUCGGACGGCUCCAGGCCAAGUAUGCCGCGACUCUCUCGCCGCUCAAGGACCUCCCGGAAGAGUAUUUGGUCGCCAUAUUGCGCUUCCGUUUCUUUAUCAACCAGCUGGCAAAAGACUGGUUGAACGACCUCAAGACGACGGUCGCGGCCUCGCCGCCGAUGCGUAGCUAUUUUGUCCGCCUCCCUGCAGAAAACCUCAACCACAUAGCCAUCACGACCAAGCCGGGCCUCAAGCAGAACGCGGUGGAGAAGGAGCUGCUGUGGCUUCUGAAAACGCUAUGGGAAGACGGCAAAGAUCUGUUCUUUGCCCGCAUGCCCAUGAUUGUCGACGAGCUCGAGCGACUGCUGCGCGCGGAGCCGCGUGCGCGAGAGUUGGUGUCUGGCUACGUCGCUGGGCGGAUUGGUGACCUCUCGAUCCUCUGCGAGUGUCUCCGACAGCUGGAAAUCUACCAGCCCUGGGCCAACGGAUACGAGUCCGCGAGCGUGGAUCGGGAAGAGGGCAUCAAGAAGGACCUGGUAGGGUGGAGGGACAGCUGGACGGGGAUAUACAACACGAUGAAGUCGAGGCCCAUGGUCGCGAACUUCAAACUCGCCGAGCCGUCCGACGACCGAUCCUUUUAUCCAACCGAGAAACGCCGCACCAAGGAGACGGUAGAGGCGCUGCGGCAGGCCGAAGCGAACCUCGAUGCCUUCUGGGACAAGUUCGACAGGACCCUCAACGCCAAAGCCGGAGACCUGGGGAAGACGGCACUGCGGAGGUUGCUAUCGCAGAAACGCACUCUCCAGCGGACACCAGAGUGGGUGGCGCCGGCAUCCGCGGGGAAGACAAAGACGGCAAAACCCGCCGUGGCCUCCCCCGAAGUCGACACCAUGUACCAGCCGCCAUCCACCCUGCCUCCAGAGAAGCACGUACCAGCGCAGCCCAAGACAAAAGUCAAAACCCGAGGCGCCGCCGCAGCCACCUCGGCACAACAAACACCCCAACCGCCACCAGCAGACGCAACCCCGACCCUCGACACCCAGCCCACCAUCCCCGUCGACGCGCGCGCCCUCAAGGUGUUCCGGACCCUCUUCUUCCAGCCCGCCGUGACGUCGACGCCGGGCGAGGUGUCGUGGCCCGACUUCCUGCACGCCAUGACCAGCGCCGGCUUCGGCGCCGAGAAGCUGUACGGGUCCGUGUGGCGUACGUCAAAAACCCAUCCAUCCAUCCGAGCUCUCCCCAUUUGAAUGAACCUCACGUCGAGGAGUGGGUAAUACUGACAUAGGUUGUUGUUGUUGCACAGACUUUCAGCCGUCGCGCCUCGACGUCGAGCGCAGCAUCCAGUUCCACGAGCCACACCCCGCGGGGAAGAUCCCGUUUCGCGUGGCGAGGCGGAUCGGGCGGCGGCUGGGGAGGGCUUAUGGGUGGGUUGGGGAGAUGUUUGCGUUGA